AUAUUAAUGUUUAGUUUUGGUUAUUCUAACCUAACUUUAACGAAGCAAAUGCAAUUUAACGUUAACAAUGUUGUGAUUUGUUUUCAGCGUAAUCUGAUAUAAUAGUUUUUACUGACUCAGCAAUAUGGCUGUUGUAAUAGAAACAACCUUAGGGGACAUCACUGUGGAUUUGAUGUUGAAUGAACGUCCACAGGCCUGUCUCAACUUCCUGAAGCUAUGCAAGAUGAAGUACUAUAAUUAUAAUCUGUUUCACACCAUAAGUCGAGGUUUCAUUGGACAGACAGGGGAUCCAACAGGAUCCGGAAGGAAUGGGGAAAGUAUAUAUGGAGUAUUGGAGGGACCCAUGAAAAAGUAUUUUAAAAGUGAGACCACACCAAGGAUAAAGCAUACCCACAUGGGACUACUAUCAUUUGUUGGCAAUGAAGAGGGAAUGAUAGGGUCUCAGUUUUUCAUUACAUUAGGCUCAGAUUUAACCUACUUGGAUGGAAAACAUUGUGUGUUCGGGGAAGUUAUGGAGGGCCUUGAUGUUCUGGAGUUGCUAAAUGAAACCAUAUGUGAUAAUAAUAACAGACCAUAUAAGGAUGUUAGAAUUACUCAUACUGUUAUUUUAGAGGAUCCCUUCAGUGAUUUGAAGAAAAUGUGCGUACCUUCAAGGUCGCCAUCACCUAGUGCGGAAAGGCUUCAAGGCGGUAGAAUUGCUGCCGAUGAAGAUAUCGAUGACACGGAUGGCAAAAGCGCAGCGGAGAUCCACGAAAUCCUCGCGGAGAGAGAGGCUAAAGCUAGGGCUACAAUUCUUGAAAUGGUUGGCGAUCUGCCGGAUGCAGAGAUGGCCCCACCCGAAAAUGUCCUUUUUGUAUGCAAAUUGAAUCCUGUCACUUCAGACGACGAUCUAGAAAUCAUCUUCAGCCGAUUUGGAAAGAUCAAUACAUGCGAAGUAAUCAGGGAUAGGAAAUCUGGAGAUUCGUUGCAGUACGCUUUCGUUGAGUUUGCGGAGCAAAAGUCCUGCGAGGAUGCGUAUUUCAAAAUGGACAAUGUACUGAUUGAUGAUCGCAGAAUUCACGUGGAUUUCAGUCAGUCUGUAUCGAAAAUUAAGUGGAACGGCAAGGGCAGAGGCGUUACAAGAUUUGACGACAAAGGCAGAAAAAUAAAAGAAGAGGGUGCUGAAAAUAAUAAAAACAAUGGGGAUAGGAGGCCUAAGAAACGUAGUCCUUCCAGAGAUAGAUCAAGGUCUGUCGAGAAGCGCAAUAGGAAAUACAGCCCUAAUCCGAGAGAGAGGAAUAAUAGGUCUAGAUCAAACGACAAUUUCAAUAGGAAUAGAAAUGGACCACAAUCUAGGGAUAGGCGGGAUUGGUCCAAUGACAAUAGAAACCGAAGAUUUAAUUCUAAUUUUAGGGGUAGACAGGAUAUGUCCUGGCAACGAUCAAAUAGAAACAAUAGUCCGAAUCGUCGACAGAGAUCCAGGUCAAACGAUAGGGGUCGCGAUAAGUAUAAUAGACGUGACAGGUCCAAUGAUCGAUCGCAUUUCAAUUCACAUUCCACUAAUAGACGUGGAAGAUCCAGAUCAAACGAUAGAAGGCAUAAUAGUAAUAACAGAAAUGUUAGAGAUGAUACCAGCAAUUAUAGACGUAAUGGAAAGAAGCCUGAAAAUGAGGUGCCUUAUAAACGCAAUGAAGUAGACGUGGAAAAGAAACGUAAGAAAAAUGAAGAAUUCAGUGAUGACAAUGUUAACGACAAGAAGAAAAAGUCGAAAAAGAAGUCUGUUUCAAGCAGCGAAAGUAGUAGCUCUUCAAGCGAAGAAGAGAAGAAGAAAAAGAAGUCGAAGAAGAGUAAGAAAAAGAAGAAGAAAAGCAAGAAAAAAACGUACUCUUCGGACUCCGAUUCGGAUAGUUCAGACGACGAGAAGACCAAGAAAAAGAAGAAAAAAAGGAAGAAGAGGCGCAGUUCAAGCAGCAGUAGUGAUUAAAUUCUGUUCAUAUUUAGUUGUAAAUAUUCAGAUUUCUGUGUUUUGUAAUUAAUUUAUCUUAUGACGACAAAUGAUAUUCAAAUAUACAAUUUAAAAAAAUUACAACGUGGAAGUGAUGUUCAUUUUUAAUGGUAUACAUGCGGGGUGGAAUAUUCAUGAGACGCAAAUAAAACUCCCUUCGACCUUCUCUCGCCAAACAGUUAUUAUCAUAUUUUCAGAAGCCGUUGAGCAUUUGU